CGUGUGAACCUUGCUCACCGACGGCCACCGACUUGGCCGACAAGUUGAACUUCAUCAUUGCACAUUUCUCACUGCUCAGCCCCCACCGUCGUGUUAGUGCUCAGACAUGGCCACAAUGCUUGCCAAUCUUCAGCCUACCGCCUAUGUCCCAACAUCAAUGCUGGAAGAUCACGAUUUGUCGAUGUACUCGCUCGACUACGAGUUUGAGAGCGAGGGACGCUCGCUCGGCCUCAUCGAGCCAGUGCGCAACCUCACCCUAGCCGACCUCAGCGACAUGGAUAUCGAGAAAUCUCUCGCGGACAUCUCUAUGACAAUGGAAUUGCCUGAAGUUCCCAUGUUCGAGCCUGAGCCCAAGUCAGCAAGCCGCUUGCUAACAAGUUCCCCCCGGCCACGGUGCCGACGUUCGUACUCUGAUGCGCUGCUUUCGGUCCAAUCUCGGCAGCCGGAAGUGUUCCAGAGCAUCACUUGUGCGCCUGGAUUGCGCGACAACAGCUUUGAGGAGUUGCGUCUCGAGUGCUAUAGCAUCAGUUUCACUGCCACAGGCCAACCUCCAGUACCAGUAUCCAGCGACGCUCCACGAGGGGCAAUCAUCCCCCCGUUUUAUGCUCCAUUUACCAACAAGAGGAUAGAGGACCGCAGGAACGAUGACUCAGAGGUUGCUGACGUGUCGAUGUCUCUUGAACCGAGCCUGUUGAACGCGUUCGACGGGGGCGUGCAGCUUCGCGAUUAUUAAGCGGCCAUCUAUAUAUCCCGCCUUAGGAGAUAGCUCUGUCCCCGCUUAGAUGGGCAAGAGUCAAAUAGCUGCGUGUUCCGCGGACUGAGCUGGGAUUCUCCAUGACAGUGUUAGGAAGGAUUUAUGUAACAUUCUCUGCUGUAUCAUUUCCUUGCAGGCUCGGCAUGCUGGUUGUAGUUGCUUCCAUGUCUGCUGUACUAAUCGUGAUACUCUCGCGUGCUAAACUUUCUUUCAAGCUUUGUAUGCCUCGGAGGAGCUUCAAGAAUUACUGAUUAUCUUGUUUAUUCGAUUUGGUUGAAUACGAACGCGUCGCGACGCGCCGUGAGAUGAAAUCAAGACGCGGUCUCGUGACGAGUAGUAGUAUGUGCACGUAGUAUAUAAACUCGAG